UCUACUACUUUUCUCAUACUUCGGUAGUCUUAUCUACUUAUCAUACUACUACUACCAAACCUAAAUCUACCACACUACAUACAUACAAAACCUUCCACACACACUAUACAAACCAACAACCACCACCAACACAUACUCAAAAUGAAAUACGCUCUCUCUACCAUCCUCCUCACCACCCUCCUCGCCACCCCCUCCCUCUCCACCCCGGCGCCAGACGUCGUCAGCGACGCCAUCGGAGUCGCUCAAACAAUCGUCUCUGGCGGUGAAUCCGUGGCAACCAACAUCGCCAACGACGCGACCUCCAUCGCCUCAGACAUCAGAACUGGCGGCGGCGCAGCCUACUCCUCCCUGACCUCCGACGCCGGGGACGUGGCCUCGAACGCCGAAUCUUGGGGCACGUCCGUGGCGUCGAAUGCGCGGUCUGAUGCGUCGGCCGCGGCAUCGGAUAUCAGAUCUAAGGCGUCGGAUGUCGCCUCGGAGAUUACCUCGAAAUGGGAGAGCGCGACGACCUUGACAGGGUCGAAUGGCCAGCCGACGAGUACGGAGACGGUUAGUGGGAAGACGACGCUGACUGCUAGCACGGCGAGUGCGACGGGUACGAGUGCUAGUGGAUCCAGUGCUAGUGCGACGAGUUCGACGAGUGAGGGCGCGGGCGUGGCUAUGGCGACGCCCGGAGUUGGGUUGGGGAUUGGAGUUGCGGGUGUCGCGGGUGUCUUGGGGGUUAUGGCUGCUUUGUAAGGGGGUGAGUUGGUAAUGAUGGAGUGGGGGGACAGAUUGUUUGAUGGGUAAUGGAUGGGUCCAUGAUUGAUACCAAUGUAUAUGAUGUU